UAAACUAAAUUUACCAUAGAUUAAACAUAGAUUAAACACGAUUUUAAACUAAAUUUACCAUAGAUUAGAUUAAUAUUUGAGAAAAAUAAUUAAGGUUAGAAAAUACUGGCUAUUGGAUAAUGCUAUUAUACGCUUACUAAUGGCUAUUGUUUUUCUUAGAUCGUUAGAUUAUUUAUGUUACACUUGUAGAAUUUAAGAUUGUGGACUAAAUCAGAGAUCUACUGAAAUUUUAAUAAACAAUAAUUAACAAUAUGUCUGCAGACUCAGACUGUGAUGAACUGAGCCAAGAUGGGCUUUCAAGACUUGGUGACUGCGAAGUUUGUGCGGCUAAUAAAGCACUAUACACAUGUCCUAAAUGCGAAGUUAAGACAUGUUGCUUAAACUGCGUGAGAAUCCACAAAAAAGAGUUGGAAUGUGAUGGUAUAAGAGAUCGGACAAAGUUUAUAAGAAUGAAAGAUUUUACCGAUACUGAUCUCCUGAGUGACUACCGGCUGUUAGAAGAAUGCGCGAGGUUUGUUUGGGGAGUCAAGAGAGACGAUAAGAAGAGGUUCACAAGAAUCGAUAAGGAUUUACCAAUUCACCUAUUCAAAUUAAAAAUGGCUGCACGCCAACGGGGUAUUGUGCUUCAGUUUUUAGCACAAAAUUUUACAAGACAUAAAAAUAACACUACAAGAUACAAUUAUAAAAGUAACCUAAUAAAUUGGAGAGUCGAAUGGAUAUUUCCUAAUGUCGACAAAGAACCUAUAAAAUAUGUUGAUGAAAAGUGCCCUGAACAGAAAAAGCUAUCUCAUCUGUUGGAUAAAUAUAUUAACUGUGAUGUGCCUUUUGAAGGAUCAAAAUCACUAUCAUUUUACAAGGCAGCUGGAAUUAGUGGUCUUAAAAUUUUACUUAAAGCCGAAAAAGUUAAAGGAUCAGCCAAGAAAUUCUUUGAACUAGAUCCAAGUGAAUCUUUAGCUGAGAAUCUGUCUGGGAAAUGUAUUGUUGAAUUUCCCAUAAUUUUCAUUGUUUUAAAAGAUCAUGCAUAUAAUUUUGAGAUCAUUACACCAGAAGACGAAUUUGAAGAGAUAGAAGCUAAUAAACUUGUUAAAGAAAUAAAACAAGAUAAUCAUUCAGUUAAUGGAAUUACUAAUGAAGAAAAAUAUAUCAAAGAAAAUCACAGAAAAAGACCAAGAGAAUUAUUAACAGAGAAAAUUGCAAAAGAAAAAAGGAUGGCAUUAGAGAAGGAGAUAAAAGAAGAACGAAAGAAGAAACCAAAAAAUCUCUUGUUUACUACUGGAUACUCAUCUGAAGAAAGUCUUGAGGAUAGUGAUAAUGAAAGUGAAACAGAAAAAAGUUGAAAAUUUUCCUAUUAUUGUUAUAAAAAUGUUCACUGGGACAGUUUAGUUGACAUUUACCUCGUGCCUCAAGGUGGAUAGGUAAAUUAAUGUUGUGAAAACCAGAUCACCUCUGCCCGUCUGGACAAAAAAAAAAACUUAAGGAACUUAAGGAACUUUAAAGUUAGAUGUCAUCCACUUUCAAUGCAAUAUCCCCUAGUAAAAUGCAAGACUAACUGGCUAGGAACCAUUCCCAAGACUAAUGAAUGCCCAUUCUUUUAUAUCAUUCACUCCUGUCAGAGUACCUGUGGAUACAUUGGUGGAUCACUCUGGAAAAUCAUAGUACUAUGACUAUUUGUUAUGGAGGAUCACAGUUACUGGUGGUAGGACCUCUUGUGAUUCCGCACGGGUAGGUACCACCACCCCACCUAUUUCUGCCGUGAAGCAGUAAUGCGUUUCGGUUUGAAGGGUGGGGUAGCCGUUAUAACUAUACUGAGACCUUAGAACGCCUUUACGCCCUUAGCGCGACCUUAGGUGGCGCAUUUACAUUGUAGAUGUCUAUGGGCUCCAGUAACCACUUAACACCAGGUGGGCUGUGAGCUCGUCUAGCCAUCUAAGCAAUAAAAAAAAAAAAUUGUUCAGAUAACUGUGUCAUUCAUUAACUUGAUUUUCCUUAAAAUUAUGGAAACAGAUGGCAAUAAUAAUACAUACUAUAUCAAUGAAACAUAUUUUUAUUGCACUUCAAUAGCCACUAAUGUUUUCUCUGUCAAUAUAAAUAAAUACUCAUUUGUAGCAUUAAUUCCUAAAACUUCUCCAUAUUUGUCAAUGUUGAAUAAAUUUUGUUGUCCCACU